UUCGCACACAGCUAUUGCUGCGGUCGUCGCCACGGCACCUCCACGGUGUUCAGCGACAGCAAAAGGCCCCUCCACGGCGGGUAUCCGGCAUCUUCUCCCCGCAGCCAUCGUCCGAUUCCGCAUCAUUCCUCUCCACCCGGCUUGCUUUGCUUGCCUUGCCGGCUGCUGCCUCCUCGGAUUUAAAGCUACGCCACCUCUCCAGCAAGGCCCCGACCACGACAUACUCCCCGGUGCGCCAAGUUAGUCAGUUAGCCGAGGCGCGACGGCGGUGGCAGGAUGAGCUACUCCGGCGGCUGCUCGACGUGCCUGGAGAUCGUCUUCGCCGCCGUGCUCCCGCCGCUCGGCGUCUUCUUCCGGUACGGCUGGUGCAGCUCGGAGUUCUUCAUCUCGCUGCCGCUGACGAUGCUCGGCUACAUCCCCGGCAUCAUCUACUCCGUCUACGUCAUCCUGAAGACGCCGCCGGAGCUGCCGAGCAUCGACGGCGAGCGGCCCUACUACAUCCUCGCCUGAUGUGACAAGCUCCUUCGUGCACAUACUGCUGUAGUGGAGCUUGCUGUACUGUAUGUGUCGGCCAUUGUUGGGAUUGGACAUGACUUGUAAGUUGUGCGUAGCCGUAGCUAGUAGUUUGAGGACAAUUCUUUAGUAGCGGUGGUUGUACAUGUAGUUUUCUUUCUUGAUUGGUUGGGUAUUUUGGUGUCGUGAUGUAUGAUUGGGUUCAUCCGUUGGUUCCUUGAGUAAAAGAAUCUUGGUACCGCUGGCUCGGGAGCUAGCCAUUAGUGUACUGUUCAUGAUGCAAAUCAACUGUUACUCCCUUUGUCUCAAAAUAAGUAUCUCAACUUCUUUA